AUGGACGAGGCUCUCGCAACGCUCAACAGCCUGGCUGACCCGGGCCCCAACGAAAGCGCCAAGAGACGCGACGCCGAGAUCAGAGGAUAUAUUGCUAAUACCAAUACGAUCCCCCAGGCGUCCAAGGCGGCGCUUCUCGAAGACCCACGGCGAGCAUUUGAGGUCAUCGACCCAUCCAAAAACUCAAUCGGGUACCUGUACCUCAUAGACAUGAUUAUAUGCUCUGGCAUAGGAUGGAGUAACCUCGACAAGUUAACGGUGACGGACAAGUUAACGCUGGCCGAGAGGAUUGUGCCCUUCUUGACGAGCUUCGACCCUGUGCAAGUACGCUACGUUGGCACUACAUUCCGAUACUUGCUAGAGGCCGUUGCCUCUGGGGCAUUUUUCCCACCAGCUGUGUCUGUCGAGCUGCUCGUUGCCGCCAUCCUCCGCCUCGACCCGACCGGGAGCUUAUUCACAUCUACACAUUUACUCCUCGCCAAGCUCGCUGUCGAAUCGAAUAUCUUGGAACCGGCGCUCGAAGUUCUGGACAAGGAAAUCACUGGCUAUCCGAUCGUCUCGUCUCACAGGGAAGCACGAGAGGCCCGAGAUUCACGACCGCUUUCUGACCCCGGUCUCGGCCCUGCAGCAUACAUUUCCAUAACGACCGGUCUCACAGACAGUUUUCGGGGUGCCCACGUGCUGGAGUACAACUUUUUCAGAUCUAUUGCGUACUCUAGCCGUCGAGACUGGGACAAGGCCUUCACCGCUCUAGAACAAGUUGUCACACAUCCUGUCAAAGACCGUGGCAUGAGUAGGAUUAUGGUGGAAUGCUACAAGAGAUGGGUACUAGUUGGGCUUUUGAAAACUGGCAGAGUGCCUACACUGCCUUCUUACACGGCCUCCGCGGCCGUGGCCACCUACAACCCCCUCGGCGCCGAGUACAAGGAACUGGCCAGCCUGUUCACCUCACCAAAAGCACAUGAUUUCAAGGAGUAUACAGACAAGAACGUCAAACUAUGGCAAGAUGACGGCACUACAAGUUUAGUGGCCGAAGUCUUGUCCGCCUACCAAAAAUGGCAGAUUAUCAAUCUGCGCAAAAUCUUUACCGAAGUGUCCAUUGCCCAAGUCCGAAAAUUAACCUGCAGCGCCGAAACCGGAGAGCCGCUCGCGACGAACGCGCGCGUCAUCUCGCUCAUCCAGGGCAUGCUCGCCUCGGGCAUGCUCCAGGGCACCUUGGACGUGAACCACAGCGAGGACGGGGGCUUUCUCCAUUUCGGCGGCCCUGGCCCUGUACUCACGGAGCAAGACUUUGCACGCGACAUCGCGACCGCCUUCGCCCGCAUCACCGCGCUCAACAAUCAGUACAAGGAGGUCAACGACCGGUUGAGCGAAAAGAAGGAGUAUGUCAAGCACGUGGUGCUAGAACAACGAAGGUCUGAUAAGGAGGGCCCGGAUGCCGGUGUUGGAUUUGACAGCCAGAUUGAAGACGAGGACUUGAUGACGGGCAUCAUGGCGCAUGGUUAG